AUGGACAAGAAGCUGAGCGAGCACUUCUCUGCCUACGACGAGUACAGGAACUUCAACAACUGGCUCAGUGUCAUGAAUUUUAUUAGUCGGUUGCUCUUCAAGGGAUUGCUCGGCUUCAUGCUGAUCGCGCUGAUUUGGGAGUUUGAUUUUUUCGUCGUUCAUGAUCCUGGCACGAUCUCUACAUCUAGACAACUGGAAGCUAAGCGAGAUCUCGUCGCUGGUGUCGUCUACGGCACCGACUUCUUCACGUUUAAGGAAAUUCAAUUUCAGAAACUUCAGAGAUUGCUAGAUGGGUGCCAUCCUGAUUUUGAUAAUGAUCAUCUGUGUUCUGUAAAUAAUCAUGACCUGCUUCUUGAAAUGAGUACUCCAAGUGCUGACCUUCAUCUACUUCCUGAGACAGGAGUGGAAAACAUAAGGACACCUAAAAGUCUUCACGCUGAACUUAAGCGUGAACUGUCAAAGCUAAAUACGGUGUUAAAGCUACCAGAUAAUGUACUCUUUCUGGCCAACCAGUUCAUUGAAUAUCUUUUACAUAAUCAUUUAGUUGUGCGGGAGCCACGGAGCAUACUGCAUGCGUUCAACAUAGCCUUGUGUUGGCGUGCUGCUUCUUUUCUGAAAUACACUGAGUUGGAUCAUCGAGAAUCAGUUGCCCUUGCUUCAGAUGGAUUGAAUUAUGAAUGCAAUGAGGCUCCAUCAUAGGCAGGCUUAUAGGUUCGUAGUAUUGUUAGGACAUGCAUCUUACUAUAACAAUAUAAGACACAUUUUGUAUAUAUAACACAUGUGCAUAUAUAAGUUAUCAAGAUAUUAUAUGUCUCUGUUGCAACGCACGGGCACUGACCUAUAAAAGUAUAACACACAUUUGUACAUAGUU